GCCCCUCCUCCCCGCGCGGGGCCUCCCCCCUGCGCGCGGUACAGCUGGGCCAGUGACUCCGGCGCCGCCGCCACCGCGCGUUCCGUUCUCCGAAACUGGCGACCGCCUAGUCACCUCCCUUGCUUCCGCUUGCCUCCGCCGCCUCCUCCUCGUCUUCCCGCAGCGCCGGCCGGCGUUAGCCAGACAAGGGCACGCGGAGCCUCGCCUAGACCCGAGGGGGCUUCGGGUGCGCGCGGCGGCGGAGCGGAUCGGUGGCGCGGAAGCCGCGAGCGCCCCCCUCCCGGACGUCUCCGCGUCGCUCCCGAGGGAUUUCCUUCUUGGCUGUCGCUGGGGCAACAGUUCCUGCUCCUCUGCUUGCCCUCCACACGCAGGUAACAUGCACCCUCCAAAGGUUUCUGCCCCGUGCUGGCUUUAGGAUUCUUACGUCUGGAUUUUAAAUUUUGUCUUUUUAAUAAAACUUGUACGGAUAAAAGAUGUGCCAUGGCAGGAUAGCACCAAAGAGCAGCUCAGUGUUUGUUGUGGCCUCCGUGGGACAUGGAAUGUUCCUUCCUCUGGUGAUCCUUAGCACCCUGCUUGGAGACGGACUUGCUUCAGUGUGUCCCCUGCCCCCGGAGCCAGAAAAUGGUGGCUACAUCUGCCACCCCCGACCCUGCAGAGACCCCCUGACAGCAGGCAGUGUCAUUGAAUACCUGUGUGCAGAAGGCUACAUGUUGAAGGGGGACUACAAAUACCUGACGUGUAAGAAUGGCGAGUGGAAGCCAGCCAUGGAGAUCAGCUGCCAUCUCAAUGAGGACAAAGAAACCCACACAUCACUUGGAGUCCCCACGCUGUCCAUUGUGGCUUCCACUGCCAGCUCCGUGGCACUCAUCCUCCUCCUUGUGGUGCUGUUUGUGCUGUUGCAGCCAAAGCUGAAGUCUUUCCAUCACAGCAGGCGUGACCAGGGGGUAUCUGGGGACCAGGUCUCCAUCAUGGUAGAUGGGGUGCAGGUUGCACUCCCUUCAUAUGAGGAAGCUGUGUAUGGCAGUUCCGGGCACUCCAUGCCACCCGCAGACCCCAGAGUGCCCAUCGUGCUGUCAGAAGGAGCUGGGCCCAGUGGGAGGAGCCUGCUAAGGGAGCAGCAGAGCCAGGGGGCCUGCUCCUCUUCAGGUGGUGAGGAGGAGGCCCCCGGCCAGUCAGGACUGUGUGAAGCCUGGGGCUCCAGGGCUUCAGAGACUGUGAUGGUGCAUCAGGCAGCCACCUCUUCCUGGGUGGCUGGCUCAGGGGGCAGCGGGCCAGCACACAAAGAAGCCACAGAUUCAGAGAACAGCGACAUACAAAGCCUUUUAUCCCUCACAUCAGAGGAAUACACAGAUGAUAUCCCGCUGCUGAAAGAAGCCUGAGGGCUGCCAUGGGCCUCUCUUCUCUGCGAGGGUCUUCUCCGCCCUUCUUCCCACUCCCUGUGGGUUUGAGCACCCUGUACUCCAGCUACCCCACCCAGAUAUCUGAGCUGCCACCUGUGUAUCAGUGUCUCUGAGGGCCUGCAGGCCACCUCACUGGAAACUCAAGGAAGAUUCCCGCCAUCUGCCUGGACAGCUGGAGCAACUGGCUCUUUGCCUGGCCCAGCCUUCCCAUCUGUUGGGAUGUAUUUGAAUGUGCCGGAUCGAACUCUCUCUUCCUUUCCCCGAGCCUCUCAGUCCCUUCCAGCCAGCUCACUGGUGGCAGCCCUACAGCCCAUGUUCGGCUGAGCACCGCUGUGUUUACUUGUGCCUUCCCUCAGCCCAUCCAGUUCCCUGCAGUGCAGGUGUGCAGCUGUCCACAGCCUUGGUGGUUCCUGCCCCUGCAUGCAGAGGCUGGGCCUGCAGCUGGCACCACCUCCCCUCACAGGAGCAGAGUCAAGAGUGAGCCUCUGAGGCACAAGUAGCUUUCAUUGGGGCAGGCUGUGGGUCCCUGGGUUGACACUGGUGGCACAUUUCCUUGGCUGAGAAUGGAGAAUUUGGAAAAUCAUCCCAAAGCCAUCCUAGCAUCUGGCUGUUCAGCUCAGGUGCAGGCUCCUGGCCCUGGUGAGAGUUUCCAAGAAGCAUCCAGAAGAUCCUGAGGGAGGGAAAGAAGGUGGCUGGUAAUGAUUGUCUUCCUAAUAUGCAAACUCUCACUUCUUGCUUCCAGCAUUGCGCCUUGACUUUGGUCUUUUCUGUUCCCUGGAUAAAGGGAGUUGCAUGCUGCCUCCUGGGCUUCAGCCCAGGCAGCUCUGGCUUCCCUGCUGCCCACAGAGCCUGAGGCACAUCAUCCCAGGAGUUUCUAAAAUGCCAUCCAACACUCAUCUGGUCACUGGCACUCUGGGCAAGUUGCCACUUUCUGGGCUUGUGGUGACGGAGAGGAGGCCAAGAGGCACAGACCAAGUCCCUGGGCAGCUGCAGGCAGCUCCAGCCCGGUCCUGAGGAUCCUCCUCACCACGGUCAUGUGCCUUAGUAACUGUGCCCAGGAAGUGGCCUGCUGCCUAGUGCACCUCUGCUUUUCCUACUUCUGCCCUUCCCGGUGCCCCUGCACACAUCAUGGCUGACAAGCCAUUCCUGUCUUCCCCGCCCUCUGGGGAAGGAGCUGAGAAAUGGUCCACAGUACGCCUUGCCUUACUGGCUGAAGUGGGCAAGCGGGUGCCCAGCAGCCUGGCUCCCAGGCUCCUUUAGACUGAAGCCUAGGUGUGGACACUGGAGGGGAGCUGUAGUGAUGACUCGGCACUGGGCACUUCUCCCAGGGCCCCUCUUGGCCCUGUGGUGAACAUAGGAAGGCUGGGCAGACAAGCUCCACCAGGCUGCUACCUUCUUCACAUGACAGACGUGGCAUUAAGGAAUGUUUGCUUUGGCUUUUUUUUUUUUUUCCUGAAACACUGGGGCUGGGAAACCUCGAAGCUGACUCUGCUGCACCUCUGCUCCUCCUCAGCAUCUCUGGUGUGGUAAAAAUAAUAAAAAGCCCUGUUCAGGAUCUGACCUAACAGGGUUAGCCCCAGGCGUGGGUGGCCUGAAGAUGGGGAAAUGGGCUUCUCCCAACCUGCCACCCCUCUGCCUCCACUCUUACAAUGCACUUUACUCCCUGGUCAUGCCUGGCCUCCUGCUGCCCCUCAUCUUCUUUCCUCUCAGGGUAAGGGCAGUGCCUGUUGUGCCUGCUGGCCACUCCCACACAUCCCCCACCCAGAAGCCCCAUCUGUUGUGCUGAAAGUCCAGGCAAGCAAAGUCAGAGGUAGGGAAUGAGUUGGAUAAGGUGCCAGAAUUGAAAGGCUAAAGCCUGAGGGAGAUGAGACACACAUCUCAGCAGUUGCUGGCACAGGCCACCUAAUAGAGGAGUCCUAAGGCUCCAGCUGCAUUAACAUGCAGACCCUCUUUGAUGCGCAACAGUGCCCUGACUUCCUCCAGAAAGGAAAUGUGAGAAGUGGGGAGGCAGGGCUGAAGUCUCACUCUCAAGCUUUUAUUUUCCACGCUUUCACCCCCCCCCCCGAAUUCUGUUCUAGAAUAUUUUUUAAAUAAAAGAGCCCACCCUUUUCUGUGUAGUUACUCUGAGCUUUUGCCCCCUCAGAGGUUGCACUUUUUAUUUCUGGUUUAUUGACCUGAUACCUCCUUCCAUCUCACUGCUCAUUAACACUGCUCUGGGCCUCACAAGCCCAGGCCUGCCUGUCAGGAAAGUAAGAAGUUGGAACAAGCGCACCACCCCUCUUGUCUGACUUAGAGGAGGCCCUUUCCGAGGCUCCUGGGUGUACAGGUGCUUGGGGCUCGGCUCACAUUGAUGCUGAUGUCUGAGUUGGCUUCUUUCACAGUUCUCUUUCCCGCAAGGCAAUUUCUUCAUUUUUGGCCACAUGCCGCUCUUCCUGGGGCUUCUGAGUUUUGUCCCUUGCAGAGGGAUUGGGGACUCCCCAGCUGCCUUGACGUGAGGCCUGGCUAGAGACGGGGCAGAGGGCGAGUGGCAGGCUGUUAGGAAGGAGCCUGCCCAAAGCCUGCCGCUGGUGGGAAGGAGCUGUAGCCACAGCCCUGCUUGCCUGGGCUCACCUCCAAGGGAUGCCUGUCCUGCAGAAAACCUGUGCAGAAGUGGUCAGCACCAAAGGACUUUUUAGAAAGCAUUGUUUUCCUUUUUCCUCUUUUUAAAAAUUUUUUUUUCUACACUUGAGCUGGCUCAAUGCAGGUUUUUUAUCCUGGUGACAUUCUAGCAACUUCGAAGGGCCAGAAUAUGGUAAAAGUCACUUAACAUGUCCACCUCUCCCAUGCCUUAGUUUAGCAGGUCGGCUUUGUCUUUUGCCAUUUCUGUAUUUUAUGUGCUUUGUUUCACUGGGUGUGAACUGUGAAAUGGCUGAGUCCUGGCCACUGUGUGAGUUUGUUUGGUUUUAUAAGACAUUUCAGUGUACAUUCUACAAGCACUCCAUUUGCAAUAUUAUCUUCCCCAUUCAUCUUGCCCUCCUCCUCCCAUCCCCAGCUUUAAAAUUCUGUGGAGAAGCCAGGCAGCAAGACAGACAAAGGUAUAUUCUUCCUGCUUCGUGAGUAGCCACACACGGAUAGAUGGCUCCUGGCCCCUUUCUUCCCAAACCACUUGAUUACUGCAUAACAUUGUUGCCUCCAUUUGUGGGAACGUUCUUGCAUAGAGAAUGGAAUAUGCUGCAAACAUUUCUUGAUCCUUGCUUCCCCCUCGCCUUUCCCUUCCCUCCUCAAAGAGCAAAAAGGGGCUAGAAAGGAAGUGGCAUACAGCCGUCACAGUUACAGUAAGUCCAGAUGUGCUUGCCAAGGAUAGCGAGCUGGGAGCACUCUCGCGGGGCCAGCUGGGUCUCCUGCAGGGCUUGGAGAAUAUUUCGCUAGGCAGAUGCUUGGGCUGAAUCUUGGAGAAGCUAGUUCCCUGGAGAGGGAAAGGUGGCAGGCCUAGCUUUGCUGGGAAGUGUCUCUUAAUUUCCUGGAAACCCUAGUAGAAUUUUGAACAAAACCACCAGUGUUUGAGCCUUCUGCCAAGCAGCCCGGUUAGUGGAGGAGAUGCAGUGGCAAAAGCACUGGGAUUGGAUUGCCGAGCAGGGAGGAGAGAUCAUCGGGUUGUGUGGCAGCACCCACACCUGGCCUGGCUUAAGGUUGUCACACCACUAGGGGAUCUUCUGCAGAAUGGUACUCGUGUAAUGGUUUAUAACAACACACGCUUAAUUGACUGUGCAGGAUGUCACUCAAAUCAGUUUGGGUUUGCUUUAUUUUAUUUUAUAUAUAUAUUUUUUGGUAUCCUGUACAUUGCAGUGGGUGUGAAGAUAGUAUUUUAAUAUUUGUACAAAGUUUAAUUUAAUUUUAAUUGUUCUAUGUAUAUAACUGCAUUUCUAAAUAAUAAUAAUAAAAAAUUCUUACGAA